AUGGCAUAUCUUGAUUGGUUAACAGCUAGAACCAACACUUUCGGGUUGAGGGGCAAGAAGUUGAGAGCCUUCAUCACUGUAGUGGCUGUCACUGGUUUCUCAUUAUUCGGAUAUGAUCAAGGGUUGAUGUCCGGAAUUAUUACUGCUGAUCAAUUCAACUCUGAGUUUCCCGCCACUAGAAAUAACAGUACUAUCCAAGGUGCCGUCACCUCCUGUUACGAGCUUGGUUGUUUCUUUGGUGCUGUGUUUGCCUUGUUAAGAGGUGAAAGAAUUGGAAGAAGACCUCUUGUGCUUUGUGGCUCGCUUAUUAUCAUCUUGGGAACAGUUAUUUCUGUAACCGCCUUCCAUCCACACUGGUCAUUAGGUCAGUUUGUUAUUGGUAGAGUUAUCACUGGUAUUGGUAAUGGUAUGAAUACUGCCACCAUUCCAGUUUGGCAAUCGGAAAUGUCAAGAGCUGAAAACAGAGGAAGAUUGGUCAACUUGGAAGGUUCCGUUGUCGCUGUGGGUACAUGUAUUGCCUACUGGUUGGAUUUCGGUUUGUCUUAUGUCGACAAUUCAGUUUCCUGGAGAUUUCCAGUUGCUUUCCAAAUAGUGUUUGCUUCCGUUUUAUUUGUGGGAAUGUUGCAAUUGCCCGACUCUCCAAGAUGGUUGGUUGCUAACCACAGAAGAGCAGAGGCUCUUCAAGUGUUGUCUGCUUUGAAAGACUUGCCCGAAGACGACGAAGAAAUUCUUAAUGAAGCUGAAGUUAUUCAGGAAAGUGUAGACAAGUUUGCUGGACAUGCUUCCGUCAAGGAAGUGUUUACUGGUGGUAAGACCCAGCACUGGCAAAGAAUGGUUAUUGGAUCCAGCACCCAAUUCUUUCAGCAGUUCACUGGUUGUAACGCUGCCAUUUACUAUUCCACUGUCUUGUUUCAAGACACUAUUGGUUUAGAAAGAAGAAUGGCAUUGAUUAUCGGUGGUGUUUUCGCAACUGUCUACGCCAUUUUCACAAUUCCUUCCUUCUUCUUGGUCGAUACUCUUGGACGUAGAAACUUGUUCUUGAUUGGUGCUAUGGGACAAGGUAUUGCAUUCACUAUCACCUUUGCCUGUUUGAUUGACGAUACUGAAAACAACGCCAAGGGUGCCGCAGUUGGUUUAUUCUUGUUUAUUUGUUUCUUCGCCUUCACCAUCUUGCCAUUGCCAUGGGUAUACCCACCAGAAAUCAAUCCUUUGAGAACUAGAACUAUAGCUUCUGCAAUUUCCACUUGUACCAACUGGAUCUGUAACUUUGCUGUUGUUAUGUUCACCCCUGUCUUUGUCACUAACACCAGAUGGGGAGCCUAUCUUUUCUUUGCUGUGAUGAACUUCCUUUUCGUUCCUAUUAUUUUCUUCUUCUACCCAGAAACAGCUGGAAGAUCGUUGGAAGAAAUCGAUAUCAUCUUUGCGAAGGCAUUCGUUGACAAAAGACAGCCAUGGAGAGUUGCUGCAACCAUGCCAAAGUUGUCCAACCACGAAAUUGAAGACGAAGCCAACAGAUUGGGCUUGUUUGACGAUGGUACAUUCGACAAGGAAGCAUUUGAAACCAAAGAAAACGCAUCCAGCAGCUCU